AUGCUUGCCCCAGCCUUCUUGCUCCUUUUUCAGACUAUUUCAGCGUCGAGCAUCCAUUACUCUAGAGGAAACCAUGGAUCCUCCAAACGAACCAAUGGAUUCUGCAAACAAUUGGAUAUCCCAGUGACUGCUACUUCAGAGAGCGCGAUCUAUGAUGUACCCAGGGUGGACAAUGACAUCGAAGCGGCCGCCUGGGCAAUCUAUUCCGAUACUUGGAGCACUCCAGACGGAGUAGAGAGGAUCAUCAAGAACACCACAACUUCUGGUACUUUCAAUAUCCAUGCUCAACUGUGUGUCCCCAAGACUUCAGGAGAGAAAAAAGACAUCCUGCAAAUUGCCACCCACGGCGCGCAUUACGACGGAAGAUAUUGGGAUCCGGAACUCGAUCGAGAGAAGCAGUCUUAUGUUGAAGCAUCAAUCAGAGCAGGAUACUCCAUCCUCACAUACGAUCGUUUGGGAACUGGUCAAUCCGAUCAUCCUGACGCAUACGACGUGGUUCAAGCGCCGCUGGAACUGGAGAUCCUCCGACAGUUGACCUUGAUGGCGCGCGAUGGCUCCCUCUCUAGCUUCGCAGAGAAAGCCAAACCUUCCGAUGAGGCAUUCCAAAAGUUACCAAAGCCAAGCAAGGUCGUACAUGUCGGUCACAGUUUCGGAUCCUUCAUCACCUCUGCCUUCAUUGCCAAGUAUAGCAACCUGACCGACGGCGCCAUCAUCACUGGCUUCCUUCUGGGCCCAUAUCUAGGCAAGCCGGGUAUGGCGUCAUGGGCCGCCGAGUACGCCGCCACGGGCAAUCCUCCUUUCGAACGACCGAGUGGCUACAUGGUGUGCCAGGAGGUCGGUAUCCAGAACCUGUUCUUCGCCGGCGACCCCAAGACCGCGUUCACCCCCGCAAUGCUCAAGUAUGGCAAUGACAUCAAGCAGCCCGUUCCGGUUGGGGAGUUCGCCUCCGCGUUUCAUAUCCUCGGACUGCCGGGACCCAACCUCAAAGCGCCGGUGCAAUACGUGGCGGCGGAGUUCGACUUUUACAUCUGCGGCGGUGAUUGCAAGGGGUUAUACGACGUGGAGGAUUUGAAGAAAACGUACCCGAACGCCACUACCAUCGAAGUCGCCAUCCAACCGAACACCGGUCAUGCCUUCACACUUCACAAUAAUGCCACGGCCGGCUUCCAGCUCACAUUUGAUUUCUUGGGCAGAAAUGGGCUAUAG